AUGGUUUCAAAACAGUGGUUGGCGGCGGCGCUUGCCGUCCAGUCGUGUGCUGCGGCUGUGUCUAAAGCGAGAGAUGAUGGGGAGAUGUGCAAGAAGACCACGGUCGCAAUUCUUGGCGGUGGAAUGGCAGGAGUUGCUGCAGCGCAAGCGUUAUCCAAUGCCUCUAUGCAUGAUUUUGUAAUUAUUGAGUACCAGGAUCAGUUGGGUGGCCGUGUUCAUCACACCGACUUUGGUAAGAAACCAAAUGGCGACCCUUAUACUGUUGAGCUCGGAGCCAAUUGGAUUCAGGGACUUGGCUCUCCGGGUGGCCCAGAAAAUCCCGUUUGGACAUUCAGCAAGAAAUGGGGUCUUAAUAACACCUACUCCAACUAUAGCUCCAUUCUUACCUAUAACGAAACCGGCUAUACUGACUACUCCUCCAUCCUCGAUGAGUACGAGGACAAGUAUAAUACUGCCGCCGAACAAGCCGGCAUUAUCCUGAAGGAGAACUAUCAAGACAUGACCGUCCGGUCUGGACUCUCUCUUGCCGGCUGGAAGCCCAAGCGCGACGACAUGACCGCGCAAGCCGUUGAGUGGUGGGAAUGGGACUGGGAAGACGCCUACUCCCCCGAGCAAUGCUCUCUUGUCUUCGGCACCGCGGGCUCCAACCUGACCUUCAACCAAUUCAGCGACGAAAACAACUACGUCUGGGACCAACGCGGUUACAGCCGCAUCAUCACAAGUGAAGCGUCCACCUUCCUCACCAAGGACGAUCCACGCGUGCACCUCAACACCCGCGUCACAAACAUCAGCUAUACAGACUCCGGCGUCACCAUCCACUCCUCCGACGGCAGCUGCGUAUCCGCAGCCUACGCCAUCGUAACCUUCUCCCUCGGCGUCCUGCAAAGCGACGCCGUAACCUUCGCCCCGGCCCUCCCAGACUGGAAGCAGACCGCCAUCGCAAAGUUCAGCAUGGGCACCUACACCAAGAUCUUCCUGCAGUUCAACGAGACCUUCUGGCCCCACGACACCCAGUACUUCCUCUACGCCUCGCCGACCACCCGCGGCUACUACCCCGUGUGGCAGUCCCUCUCUGCACCAGGCUUCAUCCCCGAGUCGAACAUCAUCUUCGUCACCGUCGUCGCGGACCAAGCCUACCGUGUUGAGAGACAGUCCGACGAGCAGACGAAGACCGAAGUCCUGGCCGUGCUCCGCGAGAUGUUCCCCAACGCUACCGUCCCCGAGCCAACGGCCUUUAUGUACCCGCGCUGGAGUACUUCGCCGUGGGCGUACGGGAGCUACUCGAACUGGCCGGCCGCCACGACGCUCGAAAUGCACGAGAAUUUCCGGGCGAACGUGGGGCGGGUCUGGUUCGCGGGCGAGGCGACCAGCGCGCAGUACUUUGGGUUCUUGCACGGGGCGUGGUUCGAGGGGCAGAAUGCGGGCGAGCAGAUCCUGGGGUUAUUGCGGGAUGAAUGUGCUAAUAUUAUGAGCACGGCCGACGACUGUGGGGAUCUGCGGCAUUAUGAGAAGCUAUAUGGAUCGUCGCCGUUGGCGGACUAUACUGUUUUUGAUGGGUGGGAGGUGAGUAGUUUCUACUCGAGUUCUUGA